AGGUUUUUCUUUCAGCGAUGGGUAAAAGAAGUAGAAGCUCAUCGUCAUCAGAAAGUGACGACGUUAAUAUAUCCAAAAAAGAACUUUGGAAGCGCCUUGACCGAUUGGAGCGGAGAUUAAAAAAGAAACAUCGAAAACGCUCCCGCUCACGAUCGGCUGCGGACGAGAAACGACGACGACGUUCGAUUUCUCGCCAGGCGGACAGACACGAAGACCGUAUCCCGAGAGAAACGGCUUCAUCUACUCGUUCUGAAGAUCGAUAUUCGCAAAUAUCGCCAAAUUACGAUCACGGCGAGUGUAUCCUUGGAGAUUCAACGUCGCAACCUCAACAAACGGAAAAGGAAAGCACACCACCCCUUAUAUUAGAAAAUGACAUAGUAUUGGAGGAAGACUUUCUAGUUAUCCUAGGCGAAGACCCUCAAACAGAAAAUAUAAACACUACCCAAUUGAACAAAGCCAUUACUUCAAGAUGGGUGGCCUCUUUGAGAAACGGCCUUCCAGAAAAUGCAUUGACAGAUCUCAAGAACAAAUAUAUACCACCAUCUGAUAUAGAAUUGCAUCCUCCAGAGGUCAAUCCAGAACUGUCGCAGAUACUGUCAAGCACCCUAAAAAAGAAAGAUGUCUGUUACUCAGACAUACAAACUCAAGUCGGACGCGGGUUAACUGCCCUGGGCCUAGGACUCGAUGUUAUCCUCCGUGACAAGGAAAACAUUCCUAAGAACACGAGAGAUAACUUAUUGGAGCCACUAUGGGACGCAGGCAAAUUAUAUACCGAUUUGUUCUCCAAAAUCACUGAGGUAAGACGUUCACUCUUACUACCGGUAUUGAAUGAGUCAGUCCGCGACAUUGCUGAAAAAACUUCAGCGGAUCAAACCGUAUUUGGGUCUGACUUUGGAGAAAAAAUCAAAAAGGCAAAAUUGUUGGAACAAUCUGGAAAAGAACUCCUACCCCAACCCCCCCAAAAAAUAACAUACAGAAAAACCAUGUCGACAUCAAAAGAGGGGGGAGAGACAAAAAGGUCAGUCGCCGGAUAUUCGGGUGUGGGAAACCCGUACCGCCCGUCUCGUACCACGAGAGACUCGAAGACGUACAAGGGCCGAUCCUCGAAACCCGAAACUCAUUACAAGAAAACCCGAUAGCCCACCAAAAAGCACCCUCUGGCUUCGAAGCUUACCCUGGUCGCCGCCAAAUUAUCGGGAAAGCUUUCAAACUGAAGGGACUACCAGAAUGCGCUCUAAAUACGGCGCUGGAAUCUAUAACUCCAUCAACCACAAAACAAUACGAUUCCACCUAUAAAAUGUGGUGGCGAUUUUGUCAAGAAAACAACAUACCCCUCACAGGUACCAAAAUACAUGGGACACGCAGCCGGUACUUCAGUAUCUUGCAAAAAUGUUCCCAAAUGAAAGUUUAUCUCUGAAGGACCUUUCACUCAAGCUAGUUACUUUGCUGGCAUUAAUAACGGGUCAGCAAUUAUUUUCGCCAUAAAAAUAAACAACAUAGUCGUACAGGGUUUCAGAUCUUCAUUGCGGAUCGAAUAAAAACGACCGGCGUGAACAAAUACCAGCCUUGCCUAUCUAUUCCCUUUGUUGAGGAAAACCCGAACCUUUGUGCGGGAAGACUAUUAAAGCAAUACCUGGAGAGAACACAACCAUAACGAAGGACUGAGCAGCGCUUAUUCAUCAUGUUCAAAUCCCCCCACCAAUCGGCGACAAAGCAAACCCUCAGCAGAUUGUUCAAGACGGUUCUGGCAGCAGCAGGGGUGAAUACUAAUGAGUUCAAACCUCACUCGACGAGGCACGCGGCAACUUCAAAGGCACACAGAAGCGGCGUAUCUAUUGACACUAUUUGCCAGACAGCUGGAUGGACAAACGCGUCAACAUUUAGGAAAUUCUAUAAUAGACCGAUUCGCUAUGGCGAACCUGGUCAUUUAGAACGAAAUUUUCAUUUUCUACUAUUUGUCCCGAAUGCUGAGAUUCUUAUUUCCGUUUCAUUAACAAUAUAUCACAUAUUAAUGUAGAGUUCAGCACAAAAUAAACGUUCACAAGUUAAA